AUGGGAACUUCUCCGGAACGAGUAACCACGCUGAGUUCUGAACGCGGCACCGAAGAGAUGAGGACUUUACAACGGACGCUCCGCGCCCCCCACGCGAAGCGGAGCUGCGGGGGAACGGGCGCUGCCCGCCCACCGCCCACCGCUCCCUCUCCCCGAGCCCACACCGCCUCCCGCCGACCGCGGGGGUCGGGCCCGGAGCUGCCCCAGGCGGAGCCCCCACGCCCGGUUCCGGCCGCGUCCCGCAGCGAACUCCGCCGGGCGGCCCGCUCGGCCCCGGGGCUUCUCGUCCGUUCCUCCCGGCUACCACGCGGCGGAGGGAGGGAAGGGAGCGGGGAGGGGGGCCGGGGUGAAAGCGGGCGGUGCCGAAGGUGCAGCCGGCACCGAGGGAACAAAGGCGGCGGGAACAAAGAGCGGCAGGUAGCGCCGCGGAGCGCGGCGGGGCAGGGGGCCGCUGCCCGCACAAAGGCGAGGCCGGGCCGCGCCGCGCCGAACUUCUGGCCGGGCGGGUCCCGGCGGGGCGCACUCACCGCGGGAGCGGUCCGGACAUCGGCGGCGGCGGCAGCGGCGGCGGCAACGAGCGCGGGCGGCGGUAGUGAGCGCGGGCGGGAGGAGGGACCAGCACCGGCCGCUCCCCGCCCCGGCCGCUGCGAGCGCGCCCCCCGCCCGCGGGCGGCAAGGCGGAGAGGCCGCAGCCCUCACGGCACGGCACGGCCCGCGCCCCGCCUCCGCCUCCCCCCGCGGGGCUGCCCGCGGCGCCGCCUGGGAGCCGCUCCCGGCUGCUUUCGCUCGUUGUCCGGCGCUCCCGGCCGGAAUGCCGCGGUUUUCCCUUCAGUGCCGCGCACAGUUCCGCGCAGGGCCACCUUCCCUCCGCGGGUCCCAAGCAGGGCGGCGGCAGCUGGCAUUGACCGGGCAGUGCCCAGGGGUGAAUGGGACCGACUGUGUGGGCACACCAACUUCAAGGGUUUUCAGAACUUCGGCGGAGGACACAGUCCUCCAGCUAGGAACUGCUGCAGACCUGACAGGUGUAUGGGAGGCUCGCAAGCAGCUGCUGUGGGUCAGCCUUCAUGGAAGAUUAUAGCUGGAAGCUGUGCAGCCAGGGCUCGACCAGCAAUAGUGAAGAAAAGACUGAAGACACCUACAAAUCAGUGCCAGAGCCCUAUAGCAGCCACCGGGAGCCUGCACCACACACCUGUAUCUUCCCAUACAGUCUUAUUCAAGGUGCCAGACUCAUAUGGAGACAGCCCAGGUUAGUCUCGUGAGGACAGCGAUCUGAACUGAACAGAGCUCAUGUGUUCCACUUAUGACACAGCCCCUGUGCAUGAAUAAAGUUUUCCAGCUUACAUUUUCCCACCUUUGUUAGGCAAGAGGCACAACUUCAGGUUCCAGCCAGAAAACGAGAAAGUAACUGCUGAGCACCCUUAGUGUCAGCUAAGUGGAGUUUCUCAAAUCCUGGGUUUCUGUUGAGGUACCACCAACCUGCCCACAUCCUGCUUCAGGUAUUAAGUGCCUUUUUGGAUCCUCCUUUGGAAUGCCUUGCAUUCUUGCUGAUCCUUGGGACUUAGCAGGCAGCUUUAGAAGCCUGUUAGACUGAUCAUCAGACCUUGACCUGAUCUUAUCAGUAAACUCAGGCAAGGUUUUGGAAUCAGAAUCCCUUUAUCUUAAACCCUAAAGUUUAUUCAUUUUGUCAUUAAGUUAGUUUAAUAGAAGAAAAAAGAAAUGUGUCUUUUAUCUUUAGCCGUUCACAGCUGCAGCUCCUGUACUGCAGUGUAUUUGCAAGAGGGCUAUAAGCAGCCUGCCACCAAGACUACACUGAUCCUAUCAGCUUUACCCUCACCCCCCAGGGCUGGCUGGUGUCUUGGAGCACCCUGCACCCCAGCAGCAGUGUGGUGUCUCAGUUUCAGCAGAGAAGUUGGGUAAGAGAAACCUGUCAAGAAACAAGAUUGAGUAAUUUCAAUCACCACCUUCAAAAAUCUGUGCCCUUGGGCCCUGGCCAGCUGUCCUCUCUGACAACAUCUUUACUGCCAACUUUACUCACAGGGACACGAAUGUAAAUCUAGUGUGAGAAGAGGAUUAAUCCCAUUCUGCUUUUUAUGGCCUAUGAAGUGUGUGCUGCCCUGCUGUUGCUACACAGUGGUAAAUAAUACAGAAAAAGGGGAUUCAGGCUGCUAUUGCAUAUUUAAAAUUUGUAAGGAAAAACAAGUAAUCCUAGAAACUACCAACCAGUGCAGUGUAUGUGCAUACAAGGUUUCUUUUAAGUCAGAAGUUAAGAGCCUGUACCUUGCCAGAUGCUGGUUGAGGUACAUUACUUUUCUCCUGCAAAAUAAGAUUAGCAACACUAAUUUUCCAUGCAUCCAAGUCUGGGAUUUUGUCUGCAAGGAGAUUAAAGCCCAGGCAAACGUGGGUCUGCCUGGAUACUGCCCUGCUCCGUGCACAGCUCUCAUUUGGGAUGAGAUCUGUGCUAUUUAGGAACCCCACUAAAAUGAUUAUUUCUUCACUGAUGACUCAGUUGGCUGAGAUCUGCAAGAAGAAUGGAGGGAAUUAGAUGCCUAAUUUCCUAAAUUUCAGUAGAAUGUGUGUUCCUGAUUCCUUUAGGCUGAUGUUUUCAUACAUAUAAAAAGACUGAAGAAGGUUCUUUUAUUAUAACAUUUAGGAUUGGAUUUCAGGCAGUACCUUUUGAUUCCAGGUUUCUAUAAUCUCAUAGCAGGACCUCAAUGCAAAUACUACUAGUUGUUAGGACUACUAAUAGUGUAACUGCACAGACUUGUCAGCAGAAAAGCAGCUGAGUUAAGUAAGUGUUCAAUUAAAGAUGCAGAACGAUGAGUAUUUAUGCAUGUCUGAAAAGCAGACGAUAUUGAUAAUGAACCCCGGGGCAGGAAAUAUAAAUAAUCUACUACCUUUAAUUCAUUACCUUUAUUAUUUUCUGAUUUAUACUGUUUUAUAGCUCAAAAGCCUCAUUCAGUCCUUACUUCCGCAAAGCUGCCAUUGCGUAUAGCGUAACAUUUGCUGAUAUACAGAGGAUAUGUAGGCAUUUGCCAAAGUGGAAAUCCAUCUUCCCAGUGGAUGUCGAUGUGCCUUCUACCUCUUUGCUUCAUUUCUCAGUCCUCACAGCUCCAAUUUUGCUCAGAGCAGACAGAAAAUGGGGACGUGGAGGACAGACCGCAGUGAUCCCCUGUUUUGGUAGGUAGUGCUGUUCGUGUUGGCAUCGUGGAUAUAUUUAGUAAACUGUCAUCUGUUAUAAUUGAUGUGGGGCAGCUCUGAUGUUUUGAUAAGCACUGACUGGGAGCAUCACACGGAGUCUUUAAAUUGCUCCUUCAUUUACACACCCGUCUAUUUUGAAAGCAGCUUUAGGGGCUGUGUCCUCUCCCUUAAGUCCACUGCGAGGUUCCCAAGCUACUGAACCUUCUGCAGCAGUGCAGGAAGCCUCCAGCUCCUGAGUAAAUGGCUCUGUAUUGACUGCUAAAUAGUUUUCAUGAAACCAAGUGGAAUGUGUGCUAAAAAAGAGGCUAUUGCAUUUUCUGACUGUGUCAGGCUCACCCUGUGGCAUGGCCCAGUCCGCCUGGCAGUGUCAUCUUCCCCAUGACAAACCCAGCUAUUCUUGGCUGCUGAGGCCCUAUUACCAGGCAUGAGGGAAUUACUGCACCACCAAAGCUCUGCUUCACAGAGGGCACUGGCCAGCACUGUGCCAGCACCCACCACGUGCCUGUUUUCUCCAUCUAUUUUUCCACACAGCUUUGGGAUCCUUGUGAAGGACCACACAGCCCUGCUCCCCACAGUUCUCCUCCCACCCCCCAGAUGCAGAUCAUGCCCCAGCUUUGGUCACCAUCUCCUCAGUCUCUGGCUCUUGUUCUGCAGAAAUUAGUAUUUUUACUGAAUUUCAAUUUCUGCAGAAUAUCUACUGAUGCACAGGCCAGCAAAGUGCUGUGUUAUUUAUCACACGUACUGCUGGUGUUGGAAAAAGCAAGCUCAAAAAAGCACACCUUGCAGGCACGAGGGAAACUUCUUGAUGAUCGUAGUUCUGGAAUGUAUUAUUAUGAGGGUUUGUAGUGUUGAGUGUGUCAUUUGGGGUGCCUGUGCCCACUGCUGCUGGAGGUGGGCAGAGGUGAGACAAGGCCCAGCCUCAGCUGGUCGAAGCCAUGUCUGGGUUUCUCUGGGGUCUGGUGGAUGGGGGCAAAAUGGUCCCAGUGGAUGGUCAGAGCAAGAGGACAGAGGAGUUCCCAGCAGAGAAGAAGCUCAUACAGAUGAGAAGCAGCAUCUGAAAAAGGGAGGAAAAAUAGGCAUGAAGAGCAACAAAAUCCUGACAGGAAUGUGGCUCUGAUAGAGGGUGGUUAACACAAGACCUCGCUGCUGCUUCUUCCCCAACUCCAGCCAGGUGGUUUUCACCUCUUCAGCACUGGACCGGCAUUUUUGGGAUUCAUAUAUCCCGGCCUAAAUGAGCCAAUGCAUCUGAAAAAUAGCCCUGAGGAAGGCAUGUGUGUGGUUUUCUGUUGGGUGACCAGAUUCAGUGCAUGGGACCACAGCUGACAGGUCAGAAAGGGGGGGAGCAGGGCUGCAGCUCGUGGCAGCUCUGCCCAUACAGGCGAGUGUGAGCCACUUCUGUAUCUAAGCCAGGCAGCCACAGAGAUGGGAUCCCAUGCUGAACCAUCACAGCUGUGCCACAUAGAAUCAUAGAAUAGCUCAGGUUGGAAAGGAACUUAAAGAUCAUCAAGUCCAACCACCCUACAUCGGAUCUAGUGGUGGGAGGCCCCACAGUGGGUCAUGUCAACCAGCAAACACAACAGAAGACUGCUGUUCGUGGAGGUACUUUUUGGGAUGCUUUCUGAUCAACCUGAUCUGCUUUACUGAACUAAUUAAUCACAUGGUCACAUCGUCACAAGGUGUAAUGUGUGUUGUUUUAUGCUGUGUCUAAGCACAUCUGCCUGCUUGCAGCUCCCUUUUCCCUCCCCAUGGCACAUGUGGCUGUGCACAACUCAUUGACCGCACUCAGGGAGAUAAAGUAACCAACAGCUCCUUGCAAAGAGUAACAUCAGCUUCUGGCUUGGCUGGUUUAGCUCCCUGACUCAAAGUGGGAUUCAGAGCUGGAUUCAUCAGUGGUUCAAUGAGCUGAACUGUACCCCAAAGCCAUCCCUGCAGUGUGGCCAGGCUCAGGUGGAGCAGAGUGGGACCACAGCAAGGCCUGCAGUGCCAGCCAGUAGGAGAACAGCAGUGAUGAUGACCAGACGUGCAAUGAAUCAGAUGUGUCACCUGCCUGGGAUGAGAAGCCAGGUCAAGGUUUCAUCAGGUGAUACAAAAAAGGCUGCAGGCAGACAUGAAUAAGCACACUGUGUUUCUAUAAACAUUACUUGAUAUAAGAAGACAUCUCAUUAUGAAGCUUGACGCUUGCUUCUCUAAGCAAAGGAAUGCUGGAUGUGGGGCAGCAUGUGCUCGUUGAAGCAAUGAGAUUGCUCAGCUGUGAGUGUCCCUGAGAAAGCCCUGGGUGACACAGAGAUUCUUUUAUUGCUCUGCUACCACGGACCAAAACAAAAUGCAAAUAUCUCUCCAGUUCAAAAUAUUACUCCAUGCUGUUUUAAUAACAAAGUUCACUGCAUAAUUUGGCUCUAUGCUUCUUAUUCACUUUCGGUGAGUCCAAAAGUAAAUUGGGAAAGGGGUGAAAGGCUAGAAGUGCAAAGAUAAGUUGCUUACAGCUGAUGUUUAUUUCAUGCCAUUAAACCUUCAUUUUCAGUGCCAGUAAUCCUUCAUUGUGAUGACAACUUCAAAGAUUGCUUGUAAUUAUAUUUUAAUGAAAAAGCUGAAUCCAGAGGUGUAGAUGCAAAAGAGCAAUUGCCUACUGUGCGUUGUGUUUAGAAGGGACAAUUAACUGCGCAUUCCAGGGAUGGAUUGAAAGGAUGGAUUUUAACGGUGACGGAGUUUAACCAUCAGGAAAAGCUUGGCUUAAAGGAACUGGCUGCUAUUUUAAUUUCCUUUUUACAAUGGGUCCUUACUGUUAUUUCAGUUGUUAAAGAAGGAUUGAUCUCAGUGACAGCCAGAAUUAAUGAGGUGUGACUAACCAGGAGGGCACCUGUAACCUCUACUUGUUCAAAGGAGUCUGUAUCUAAUAUGCAUUUAUUCAGACUCCUAAUUAUCUCUUUAAUACAACUAUUAGAAGUGAUGAAUGAUUUUUUUUUCUUACUAUGUUAAAAAAAAAAAGGUUAUUUUUCAUAUAGAUCAGACAGGAUGGAGGUCAGUUUACAAUUAGAAAUGAGGAAUCAUUUGCUUUAAAAUGUGUUUUUACUGUAUCUUAAAUGUCCUGAAUACAUAUAGGGAAAGAGCUGACACUUCUAAAAUAUUAAAACAGACUGAUUUUUUAAAUAAAAUAACAUUUUCUGUGA